UCUUCACGAUUUCAACCACAUCAUUUCCACCUGCAAGUGUGCAUAACUCAGAAGCCAAUAGGAGGAAAAGAGUAGGAGAGGGAAGAGGUAUAAAACUGGUAACUUAGACACAGAGAAAAGUCAGCAUCUUUCCCGUUCAACCGACUGGUGAAAGUCUGAAACUGUAACUUUUCGUUUCUUGAAGGGUUUAUUUGGGGAUCUCUUCGACGUACAUCUGUUUUGUCUAGAUCUACGUUCUGGGUAAGCAGAGCUGGUUGGAUUGGCUCUUCGAUAUUAGGGUUUAUUCGAGUAUUAAGGAUUUCUCCUUGCUAGAGAUCUGCAACACAAGAUUGUCGGACUAAGAGCAGGCACGCGGGACGUAUACAACUUGAAUUUCAUGGAGGGACCUGGAGGCGAUGCCGCCUCUGCCGUGGCGCCUAUCGCCAAAUGGAGAAAUGAUUUCUCCAGGGCGUUUCAGUACUAUCUGGAUAGAUCUACUCCUCAUCCAGUCCAGAGGUGGCUGGGAACUCUUGCUGUUGCAGCCGUUUAUGUUUUGCGUGUUUAUUAUGUCCAAGGUUUUUACAUAGUGUCCUACGGUUUGGGGAUCUAUGUCUUGAAUUUAUUAAUCGGGUUUUUGUCGCCAAAAGUUGAUCCAGAGCUAGAAGGUUUAGAUGGGGCUUCGCUGCCGACAAAGGGCUCCGAUGAAUUCAAGCCUUUCAUUCGCCGCCUCCCUGAAUUCAAGUUCUGGUAUUCAAUUACAAAGGCUUUCUGCAUAGCCUUUGCUAUGACUUUUUUCUCCAUGUUUGAUGUGCCUGUAUUCUGGCCCAUAUUGCUAUGCUAUUGGAUUGUUCUUUUUGUGCUUACGAUGAAGCGUCAAAUCCUACACAUGAUCAAAUACAAGUAUGUACCGAUUAGCAUUGGAAAACAGAGGUACACCGGGAAGAAGUCUUCUCCAAGUGGCAGUGCCAUGUCUAGGGAUUAGUAUUUUGGAUUCAUACUGGGGAGCGUACAACAGAAGAAUGGAGAAGUAAUACAAAAUCCCCGUGAAGUUUCAUGUUUUAAGAUGUUUCCUGAUGGAACGAACAUAUGUUUUAUCUCGUUAAUCGUUAUGCAUGCGUACGGACUCAAAUUCACUUGGGCUUUCUUUUAAGCCCGCAGACAGUGGAAAUGAAACUUGUGCAUACAUAUAUGAUGAUAAGGAUUCUUUUAUGUUCCUUUAAAUUGCAGAUGAUGUAAUACGCAUGAUUAAGUUCAUACAUUUUCUCAUUUAAUGUAGUUUAAUUCUUCCAUUGUAACUUCCAGCUCUUAGUGGAUUAAUAUUUCCAACAUUCUUAUGCACUAUGCUGCUAUUCUUUUGGUGCCA